CCAAUUAGACCCCUAGCCUGGGAACUUCCAUAUGCUGUGGGUUGGCCCCCCACUCCAAAAAAAAGCCAAAAAAAAAAAAGAGGCCAAAAUGCAUAGAAAUAAUUUAGCCAGGAGAACCUUGAGGGUUGAUAUGGAGUAAGAGAAAAAUGUGUAACAGGGAGAGGGCUUUCUGGUGGGUUCCAAGAAUCUAGAGGGUCAUGGUAUGGAGACAGCAGCGUGUCAUAGUUGCUAUUGGAUAUUUUGACAGAGUUAUGACCCAUAAAACCUACAGCAUGAAGGGUGUAGAUAGAGAUGAAUAGGGCCUCUUACCAGUGAGUAUCCUCACCAGGGAUGUGUAAGGGAAACUGACAACAUCCCAUGAACCCCAGACUGGAGCCAAGUAUAGACAAUGUGUGGCCCAGUCCAAGGCACGCACUAAAUGGCCAACCAAGGCCUUAACCAUUCUGCUUUUUAAUGCUAUGGCUACACUUAGCCUGGUUUCGUGGGGCACUGCCUUGUCUCCAGACUGAACUUGAGCUUGCCUGGGCCACAGGGCUAUAGGACUCCUGGGCCUGAGAGAGGGUCUGUUCUGUAGCAAGGGCUGCCACAGAGGCUUCCCUGAGGAAAAUGAUCUGUGGAAGACCCCGCUUGCAGAGAAAAAUCGAUUCUACCCUCAACUUGAAUUUCAUCUCUGUUAAUUUGGCUUGUGUCAAACAGUCAGUCUUGUAAAUAAAACCUUGGGAUGUAAAAUUACUCGACAAGUACAGCUGGUCCUAAAACAUACUCCAGGGGGCUUGUCUUGAGCAAUGGGCUAUGGUUUGCUGGAUUGGAGUCUUAAUGAAUAUGCAUGAUGGACAAAGUGGGGAGGGCACCAGUCAUCAAAGCUGAGCGGGGAGGGGAGACCUUAAACAGGGCAGGGGAAGUCUAAGGGUGGCAAUUCCAGAAGACAGGAGGGAGGUUGGGAGGAGGAAGGCAAGAUAGGUUGGGGUGAGUGUGUGCUGCGUCCAGUGCUGCAGGGAAACGGGGGAUCCUGGAAGAGGGACGGUGCCGUGUAACAGAACACACAUGACUCUUAUAUUUAGAAAGUGGGGAACCAGGAGGCACUCUGUUCCACAGAACAAAGGCCCUAGGCUUUAGCCCACAAGAUUUUUAUUGAGGAAGGUGAUUAGUAUUAGUUGAUUUGAUUGAGGAAGAUUAGUAUUAGUUGGAUUAAGGAAGGUGACAAGAUUAGUGGGCGGGAACAGGCAUAGGCAUAGGCAUUGGCAUAGGCAUAGGCAUAGGCAUUGGCAUAGGCAUAGGCAAUAAGAAGGUUAUUAUCUUAGUGAUAUCAAAGGGGGUAUCCUUAGGUCAUAGUGCUGCUGUUUAUAGAAUAACAUGGUUAAUGCAUAAGUCCUUUAUCUUGUCUUUGAAGGAGACUGUACUUUAGAACUCUGUCCAUAGAUACUUGCCUUCUGCAGAGUUCAGCUGUUCCCGUGGUCUCCAACAAGUGUGUAAUGGUGGGGGCUGUGCUGGAGGCCAGUUUGAAAAGGAUGCCAGCUAGUGUGAGGUAGGGUGAAGCCUGCUGCACUGAAUGGAGAGGAUUAUGAAGCGGUGUAUAUUUUUACACAGGUUGGCAGGCAGAGAGAGGUGUGGGCCAAGAACAACAAGCAGAUAAGAUUCUUUUAUAUUUUCAAGGUUGCUCUGGUUAAGGGAGAAGGCGAGAUUUCUGAAGGAGCGACUAGAGGGACAAAAGAAGAAUGAGAUGUGGGAGCAUUUAUAUUUAGAAAAUAGCAGAAAGACAGGGAGCCAGAGAAGGGGCCAGACAAAGAAAAUUCAGAAUUGUCCCCAAAUUAAGAGUAGAGUGUCUGAGUAGUCAAUGGCAGAAGCUAUUUCAGAAAUGUGUGAUUCAUAGCCCGAGAUGUCACAGAGGAGACAAGGAGGACCAGGGUUGAGCACAAAGUAUGAAAAGAAGUAAUAUAUCAGGUACCUAGUCCAGAUCCUGGGAUAUGGAAAGAACUCUGCAGGUGUGACUAUGAUGAAAAGACUAUUGCAUUUGGCAGCUAGGAAAGGUUUACCAGACCCAGCCAAAUGUCUUGCAGAGAGUUGGCUCUUAACAAAUGUGUUGAAUGAAAUAAUGAGUAGAAGCCAAAAAAGUAAGAAUUUAGGAGUGAUGGUAAUGUGGAGAUGGCCAAUUUCUAAAUCUGUUCAUCAGAACCAGUCAGUUCCUUAUGACCCUUGGGACCUUCGACCCUUUGGGAAUAGUGUCUCCUGGACAUUGAGGUUGACCAUGCUUAGAAGCCAGUAUGCUGAGGGAGUCAGGCCAGUCGUCAGGGACCAAGGUCAAAAGAGAGGUUGAUGACAGUGUCCCACUGAUUUCCUGGCUUCGCACAGGUGGUACAGAGAACAGACCUCAAAAGCAAUGAGUAACUUCAGUGUUGUCAGGGAAUUUGUGCUCCUGGGAUUUUCACAACUGCAUGAGUUCCAGAUCCUCCUGUUUGCUUUCAUCCUAUUGAUAUAUGUGCUGACAGUUCUGGGGAACCUGGCUAUUAUCACCCUCACAUGCCUUGACUCCCGCCUCCACUCACCCAUGUACUUCUUCCUUUGCAACUUCUCCCUCGUGGAAAUGCUGGUCACCUCCACUGUGGUUCCUAGGAUGCUGGCAGACCUGCUAUCCACUCACAAGACCAUGUCUCUGGCUGAAUGCCUGACCCAGUCCUUUUUUUACUUCUCCCUGGGCUCUACCACCUUCCUGAUCCUCACGGUCAUGGCCUUUGAUCGCUAUGUGGCCAUCUGCCGCCCUCUCCACUACCCAACCGUCAUGAAUGGUCCAGUCUGUGUGAAGCUGGUGGUGGUCUGCUGGGUGGUUGGGUUCCUCUCCAUCGUCUCCCCCACCCUGCAGAAAACCCAGCUCUGGUUCUGCGGCUCUAAUGUCAUUGACCACUACUUCUGUGACUCGGCCCCACUUCUCAAGCUUUCCUGCUCUGACACCCACCACAUUGAGCUCAUGGACUUUUUCCUGUCCUUGCUCUUUGUGCUGUCCACCAUGCUGCUCAUUGUGGUCUCCUAUGUCCUCAUUGCGGCCGCAGUGCUACACAUCCCCUCCUCCUCCGGGCGCCAGAAGGCCUUCUCCACCUGCACCUCCCACCUCACGGUGGUGCUUCUGGGCUACGGCAGUGCCAUCUUCAUCUACGUGAGGCCAGGCAAGGGCCACUCCACACAACUCAACAAGGUGGUGGCCCUGAUGACAGCGGUGGUGACCCCAUUCCUCAACCCUUUCAUCUUCACUUUCCGGAAUGAGAAGGUCAAAGAGGUCCUGAAGGAUAUGUCCACAAGGAUCCUCCUCAGCGACUCAGCUGCCUGAACAUGGGGGUGAGGGUCGUCCACUGCAGGUGGCACCCAGGUGCCCCAGCUGGAGCUUCUUGAUCUCCUUCUUAUUGGUCUCUCCUGUCCCCUCACCCUACAGGCAUUUCUGUUCACUCUCUACAGGGAGCUAAUGAACUCAUAUCCUCUGAAUGUCUCAAAAGCAAGUGUCUGUGAACCUGUGACAGUUAAGGAAGGAAUGAUUUCAAGGGACCUGGGGGACGGGGAGUGAAAACAGUGUGAUAAUGCCAAUUAAAUGGGAUAAUCCAAAUAAAGCUUUUAGUUCAAGGUCUGGUACCUUGCAAGAGCUCAUUGACUAUAGCUCUGGUUGGAAAAAAUGUGCUCCUAAGUCCCUCCUCCCUGGUCCUGUGCUAGGGUUUUGUUCACAGUCCUUUUCAUUUCUUUUGUGUACAACCUUGUUUUUUAAGGGAAUGUGUUCCUUUUUCAGGAACUGGCUUCAGAGUCUAGGAUGGGGUUUUAUAAGUGGGAGGUUCUCUGAGAAGAGCAGAGGGGCCUGACAUCCCCAAAACAGAAAAAGUGAUGUGCCUUUCAUUGGGACCCCCUUCUGGGAGGGCUCCUGGGGCAGAAGCACCGCUCCUGCCCAGGCUGCUCACUGCUCCCUCCUGGACCCCAAAGCUCUUGACUUCAAACAGGAAUGAUUCUCUGGGGGCCAGACUCCCAUCCCUCUUACAUGGAAAUAUCAUGAGGGCCCCAUGCCUAGAAAGAAGGGCUUUACUUCUUUUUUUUAACCUUCCUGUGCACUCAGGGAAGAGGGGGAUGCUGGAUCACUGCCCCUGAUUUGUUGCCUCCGCCCCUUCACGGGCUAGCACUGCUUUUCUCCCACAGAACCUAGGAUCUGUGGCCCAGAGGGAAGGCCCUCUAAGAUUGGGUUUCCCGGAAGCCGGCUGGCAAGGAGGUUGCCAGCAGUCCUGAGUGGUAAGGCAAAGGUGGUAGAAGCCAGGCAAGGAGGAAAUGGAGCAGGAUGAGGGUGCUGGGGCAUGGACUGGAAGGCAGGGGAGGGAAGGCAUUAGAAAAUCAUGGACCUGGAGAAUAGAC